GCGUCCACCACCGGGAGGCGUCCAUUCACCGGAAGGCGCCCAUCGACGGAAGGCGUCCACCACCGGGAGGCGUCCAUUCACCGGAAGGCGUCCACCACCGGGAGGCAUCCAUCGACGGAAGGCGUCCACCGCCGGGAGGCGUCCAAUGGAUGCCUCCGACUCCUAUAUAAGGAGGCCAGACCCUCCAAGCAAGGGGACUGCUCUCCCUUCCCUCACUUUAUCACUUAUGGUUCUCUCUCUAAACCCUAUCUCUCUCUACAUUUCUCUCUACACUCUAUCAUAUAUCCUAUUCUAACUUGGGCGUCGGAGUGUAGAUCACGGGGGCCGCCCCCGACUCUCCACAGGUUUCUUCCACUCCCGAGGAGAUCAGACGAGGGAGUCCGAAUC